AUGUGGCCAUGCCUUGAAGCCAUGCAAAUGCUAGCUUUUCCCCCUAGUCUCAUCACUGAAAGACUCGUUUCCCACCGUGGAAUCAACCUAGGUACUCGAUAUUUUCAGCAUUGCUGGGUAGCAUGCGGCCUGAUUCUUCUAAUCUACAACAUCGGAGUUUACGACAUCAAUACCAUAGAAGAGGAUAGAGCUCAAACCAUCACCGUGAUCAACGACCUGUCAUCUCAGUUUUGGAUUCAUGACCUUAUCGUAGAACAGGAUGAUUUCCCUCCAUCCCCCAACCUCCACCUAUUUUUGGAGUCCACUGUGCCUUGUAUGCUUCCACUUUACCUUUUUCUAUUGCUACUGCAAUACCUGGGACUGUCCCAUGGCUCAGAAUGCAGGAGAGAGGUCUCCGUAGAUGCCCAUCUGCAUCUUCACUAUGAAGAGUUUGGACUGGAUGCACCCUUUGACAUGGAGGACAGAAAUAAGGACAUGCCUUCAAAGCCAAUAUUUCAGAUCUACCGAGUGAGCUGGCUAUCACAGAUGAAAUGGAGACAAUAA